AUGUCUCUUUGCGAAAUCUGCGACCGCCAGAUCCUUACUAAGGACUGGGCCAGUCACAAGAACUCUAGGAAGCACCGUGCGGCUGAAGCUAAAGAGCGUGAAGAGCUAGAGAAGUUGAAGAAUCCUGGAGGCAGCUUCAGCGGCGACGCGACUGGCUUCGGCGAUAUCAACGAGUCCGCCGGUGGCAUGAGUUCGCAAGUGCCAACAUGA